UCACAUUUACGAAACAAAAAGUCAUUCUGACAGUGACGUGACGUGUAUCAUUUCAUGCGGACGAAUAUUGAUUGGUUUUUACCAAUGAUCUUAUAUUAAUUUCUAACAAUAUAAGUAGAAUAUUAUUAUGUCGACUAAGAAUAAAACUUCUGAUGGUGUUAGUAAGGGUAAAGGGGUUGAUUCUUUGUGGAAAAAGGCGUUUACUUCAAAUACAGACUGGCCCGACAAGGAAGAGUUUUUAGAUGUAAUUUAUUGGAUGCGGCAAGCUAUAGGCAUAAUUUUAGGCCUGUGCUGGGGAUUGUUACCAUUGAAGGGUUUCAUUGGAUUAUUGCUAUUUGUAGCAGUUAAUGCUGGGGUAAUAUAUUUGUAUGUGAACAAUUUCCAGACUGUAGAUGAGGAGGAAUAUGGUGGCAUGUGGGAAAUUCUUAAAGAAGGCUUUAUGACAUCCUUUGCUGGAUUUUUGGUAACAUGGAUAAUCAUAUACACAGGAUUGUACAGUGAUAGUUUAUGAGACAAACAAUGAAAUGACCAGUGUUAGCCAAGAUAACUGCCAAGUCCUAGUACAAAGGAAUGUAGAGCCAAAAGUCUUACCUUGUUGUGGUUUGAGAAGAAAUUUGUUAUAAAGAUAUGUUAAUGACAGAUGGCACUAGUAUGCCAAAACUUGUUAUUUCUAUUAUUAUUUAAUUAUGCAACAAAACUGAGUUUAAGCCAUUAGCUAACAACAUAAUUCAGUUCAAAAGUGGUAUAGCCCCAUGUUGAAACCCCAUGCAUAUAGAAGAUAAAUAAUAAGGGAUUUAAAAAUAGCCAAAUUAAUUAUUUUACAUAAUAUAGCAACCAUACAUGACCAAUAUAACUAAUUAUUAAAAUUUUAAUACAUGAAAUAGCGUUAAAAUAUUUAAUAAUUACGUACUAUAAUGUAGAACAAAAAUUAAAUCACUUUUGCUCUGAUAGCCUCAAUUAAGAACAGCUGAACAGGCAUCAUAUGCAUACGUGCAGUUACUACAACAUCAGCAUUUUACUAGGUAAAUAAAAUUGUACUAUAACAUUAAAUUAAUAGGCGUCAUAUCCUGGAGGAUUAAGUUUGGAAUCCCAGUUGUCAAUCAGUACUGCGUCCACACUAAACAUAUUUAAUGUGUAACGUUUCAAGCCAUGUAUGAAGCCGGUUUCAGCAUCAAGCAUGCUGACGUCAUAUGGGUUCCAACCCUUAUCUCUAUAUUUCGUGAUAUUUCUUAUGCAAUAAAUACAAGGCUGGUAGUAGUAAGUAUCUUUCGUACUAACACCAUGAAGUUUUGAGCCUCUAUGCAAUUUCCUCUCAUAUUUGAAUAAGGUCAGACUUAAAAUAUGACAGAGUUAUGAAUGUUUUUGUGAAGAGCCUGCAAAGUCAUUACCUUGACGUGGUAAAUUAAUUAGAUAUACGCGUAUUAGAAUUACAGGACGAUUUCCAUAAUAUAUAUAAAUAAAUUUAAAAACAAACUGUCGUGAGAAUUUUCAGAUAUUUUAUUUUUAAAAUUCGAAGCAAUAAAAUGGAGAACUUGAAAAAUGGCGGGUUUUUGUACACUUUUUAUACGGUUCACUUUUCGGUUUAAAUAUAUUAGGUUUCGAGUUUCAUAAUUAUUUGUUUAAGCUGAUAUCCAGCCAAUGCUCAACAAAUAAAUAAUA